CGAAGUGCUGAAGCGUCUUUUUCCUCCUCACUCAUUUGAACUUGACUUUGGCUAUGUUCACUUGUGACGAACGCGUCUUCUGCCCUGUACGUCGGCGCGGCUCUGAAAAAGUGCAUGGUAAGCUACUACUCCCUUCCCACGCCAGCCUUGUCAUGAUGAUACACCAUGAGUUGGGAGACUGCGUCAUCGAAUCAUCGAUCUGCGCAUGUGGACGUGUCUGCUGCCCGCCGUGGAAGCAAGCCUUUGCCGUCCGCAGUUGCGUGAAGCCGAUCAGCCUGAUACUAUUCGUGUCUGGCGCUCUGGUUCCCCUUCUGCAGGAUAGCGUGUAUUGCUUUCCAUCGAGCACGCUCGUCCGUCCGUGAACGAGUUAACUUGAUCUAAUCUGAACAUACUGUCUUUUCGGGCGCAGACACAUAACAUAACUUACUCUGGGCACUGCUUGGCUGGAUUUUCACGUGCAGCCCAAUAAUGUGACGCGUUACUUCGCGUUCUCACAACGCG